UACUAAAUAAAUAUCUGUGGCUGCAAGCAUGUCAGAUCCAAGUUACUAUACAUAUCCUUCGCCUUUGGAAGGUUACCAGGGUCUUCCACCACUUUCAAAUGAGAUAUCAGAGGAUGGAAAAUCAUUCGUCAAUCUACCCGGUAAAAAGAAGAGCAUAGCAUACAGCUCAUUCGUAGAGCCAAUAACCAAUGGACGGCGUGGGGGCUUCGAUAUACAUGUCUACUUCCUCCAAACCGACGCCGAGGAGUUAAAAUUUGCAACCGAGCUUUGGGAACGAGUCCGUCGAGAGUUCCCCGAACUUCGUAUUUAUCGUGUCUGGGAUAGGCCCAUUGGCCCUCACCCAAUAGGCAUGUUUGAAGUGAAUGUAUUCACACCAGAGCAAUUUGGAGCCUUUAUCCCAUGGCUGGUGAUUAACAGGGGGCCGCUCUCAGCACUGAUUCAUCCAAAUACUGGCGAUGAUGAAAGGGAUCACACACAGCGAGCGACGUGGAUGGGACAACCUAUACCACUGAACUUGAAGUUGUUCAAAAGAAUGAAGGAGAAGCAGAAGGAGACAUCGUAGUUCGAAGUAAUCUGCUGUAGGAAUCGUGAAGUGGGAAUCCGGGACUGCUUUUGGUUUUGUAAUUGGUAAUUUAUGUCUGAGUUUGACCAGAUUCUAUAAUAUAGUACCCUCGAUUGAUCGAGAUUGGC